AUUAUUAUUUCUCGCUCAUUCUAUUUUAAUUUACGACUACCAUUCAAUAAUUGUGCUUUUUUUUAAUUAUUCAACCAAUAACUGAAGGUGAUCAAUAAGCACAUCAUGAUUAUUUUUUUUUGAAAAAAAAACAACAACAACAUUUAUUUUGUAAAAUUGUCAACGUAUUCAAAUUGAAAAAAUUUAAGUACAAUUACAAUCCUACUAUAAAGUUGUUAGUUGCCUGGAAUUAUAUACAUAGAUUCGAUUGAAUUGUGUUUUUCAAAUGAUUAGAAUAUUAACAUUAAUCUACUUUAUAUUUUCAUUAUACAAUCAAUUAAUUAUAACAUUUGGAAUGAUACCAGAACAAUGCGGUUAUAAUUUAACUAGACGUAUACCAGUAUGCUGUCCAAGAAGCAGUAUUAAUGGUCAAGUAUGUGGUGGACCAAAAUACGGUGAAUGUAUUCAAAUAUGGACACCUAAAGAAAAAGUGCCAAGUGUAUUUCUGAUAGAUGAUAGAAUCGAUUGGCCAAGACGUUAUUUUAUAUACUUUUGUCAAUGUUUUGGUAAUUAUUUUGGUGCAGCAUGUGAUGACUGCUGGUUUGGAUGGAAAGGUCGACACUGUAAUAAACGUUCAGUGAAAGUACGACGUGAUAUAAAAACUUUAACCGAUAGAGAGUUACAUGUAUUUAAAACUGUAAUCGUAUUAAGCCAAACAUGGCCAUCUGGUUAUCUUUUAGUUGAUGAAUCGAAUAAUUGGGACGUUGAUCCAUUGACAAGGCCUAGAUUAGAACAUGCCAGUAUUCAAUAUUACAUUACUUACUUACAUCGUUAUGGUAGUCGCAGUACAUUGUAUAAAAAUGUUAAAGAUUGUCAAGAUUAUGGAAUAUUAAACUUUAAUCAUGACGGUGUGUGUUUUCCAACUUGGCAUCGUUAUUAUCUUCUAUUAUGGGAGAAAUUCAUGACGAGAAUUGCGAAAGCAGUUUUUGGUAUAUCAGAUUAUGCUACACCAUAUUGGGAUUGGAUUGGUUUAAGACAUUGUGAUAUAUGUACAAAUAGAUUUAUCGGUGCACCAGGUAGACAGAGUGACCGUGGAACACAUAUAUCAUCUGGUUCACCAUUUCAUAAUCUAACUGAAUUCUGCUACGAACCAAUAAAAGAUAUGCUUUGUUCCGGUUGUCAGAGAGUGAGAAAUAGAGGGACAAUUACACGAAAAUUUAAUAAAGGGAGUUUUCCGGAUGCGGACGAUUUGAGAUUUGUUUUAAGCUUAAGUAGAUAUCAUGUUGCUGGGGAACGGCUCAGUAUUCAAUGUCGAUCAUUUAAUAUUGCAUUGGAAGGAUUUUGUGGUCGACCUGGUGCUGAUCCAAAUCAAAGAUGGUUCCAUAAUAAACUACAUGUUUUAAUUGAUGGAAGUAUGUGUUGUACAGGAACAGCAAGCAAUGAUCCAUUAUUCAUAUUACAUCAUACAUUUGUAGAUAAAAUAUUUGAAUGUUGGUUAAAAACAUAUAAUCCUGAUCCAAGUGAAUAUCCCAAUAGCAAUGUACGUCCUGGGCAUUCAGCUCAGUCAUUUGUAGUCGGUAUAAUACCACUUGCUAGAAAUAUAGACUUUUUCACUUCCCUAACCAAUUUUGGAGUAUAUUUCGACGAUAAACUGUUUGGUAAAUAUGCAGAAGAUGGAAGACCUCCAUUUUACUGUUCAAAAAUGGACACAAAACCAAAAAAUUAUUAUGAUUAUUAUCAUUAUUAAUAAUAAUAAUAAUUUGACACAAAAACUAAUUUAAAAAAAUGCAUUACAUUAUUUUAACUUCAUUGAUUACUAAUAUGAUGUAGUUCGAAACCAUGUACAAUGUCAAUGUUAAUAAAAUAAUAAUUAUUAUGGUGAUUUCAAAAAAAAUAUUUCAGUGACAACUUGAAAAAAAUAAUAUUUGAUAUUGAAUUUAAAGAUUGCACUCAUCUCCACCAUACUUUAAUGACAAGUGUUUAAAUGAAUAACUACAUUGGAUAUACAUCUUGUCUUUGACAAAUAGAAAAAAAUUUCUCAAUCUGAUUCGUAAAAUGAUUUGAUGAUUUUAAUCAAUAAUUGUUCAAAAAUUCAUAUCAUAGAUCAAUGAAUUUCUUUUUUUAAAAAAAAUAUUCUUGUUGA